AUGGAACGUCUUUCUGAUACAGGCAUCUCGAUUUUGGUUGUCGGCGCCGGAAUCGCUGGUCUGGCUUUCGCCAUCGAGUCUCAUCGCCAGGGACAUAGCGUCAAGGUUCUGGAGAAGCGCAUAGAUCCGGGAGACUAUGGUGAAAUCUUCUUCAUCCAGUCUCCCGGACUGCACACACCCUCGAAAUGGCCCGGGUUCAUGGAGAGGCUAAACAAGAGCGCCAUCUCGGCCGAGUUCCAAUUCUUCAAAUUCAGUGGCGAGAAGUUGUUCGGAACCAAGCUCGGAAACCCCCAUCUCCCCACGAUCUCCGUCAGCCGACGCGAGUUUUACCUCCUCCUCCUGACUUACGCCACCGAACUUGGCAUCCCCAUCGAAACAGGCAAAGAGGUUGAGGAUUUCUUCGAGACCAAGGAGCUCGGUGGCGUGGUCCUCGCCGACGAGAGCAAACUUACCGCCGACAUCGUCGUGGCAGCAGACGGCGUAGGAUCCAAGUCCUGGGGCAUCGUGACCGGCACCAAGGAGAAGCCCAUCAGCUCCGGCUUUGCCCUGUACCGAGCUAGCUACCGAGCCGAAGAGGCGCUUAAAAUACCUGCUAUUGCAGAGUUCUUCAAGGAUAAGCGGGAGUGGACGUCCCUCCACAUUGGUCCCGGCGCACACUUCUUCACCGGCUUGUCGCCGACCGAGUUCUGCUGGGGCCUGACGCACAGAGACGAAGACGCUGCCGUGGAAGACUGGAACCGUAUCGCCGACUCGACUGGCGCGUUCAAGUACGUCGAGGGAUGGGCGCCUAUCGUGCACGAGGUCAUCAAGUCGACACCCAAUAACCAGGCUACCGACUGGAAGCUGCGUUUCCGUGAUCCCCAGCCGAAGUGGGUGUCGGACGGAGGGCGAGUGGUGCAAUGCGGCGACUCGGCGCACUCGUUCCUGCCUUCUUCUGGGUUCGGCGCUACUACUGCUCUGGAAGAUGCCUUUUCUCUUGCUGCUUGUCUCAAGAUGGGCGGCAAGGUGUCUGCUGCUUUGGCAACCAAGGUGCACAACAAACUCCGUUUCGAGAGAACCGCUUGCGCCCAGAAGAUUGGUUUCAAGUCUAGAGAGGUCUUCCAUCACACCAACUGGGAUGAAGCUGCGAAGAACCCCCGCAGCAUCGCGAAGUUUACAGGAUCGUGGCUGUUGAAGCAUGAUCCCGAACAAUAUGCGUACGACAACUACGAAGCUUGCGCAGCGCAUCUACUCCAUGGGAAGGAGUUCAAGAAUACCAACACAGUGCCCGGGUUUCCCUUCAAGCUAUGGACGGUUCAGGAGUUGCUGCACAAGUCUGACAUGGGGGAGUCGAUUGACGAUGAUGAGGGAGACUGGUACUCUUGA